AUGGACGCCCUCGAAGACUAUCACGCCGUCCUCUCAACCCUCUACUCCCUUCUCUCACCAAUCCUGUACCCAACCCUCCGCUUCAUGAACUGGGCGCGCACCCUCCUCCUCCCGCUCCUACGCCCGCUCCUCGUCCAACUCACCAACGCCGCGCACGACUCCCCCGCCGUCGUGUCCCUGGGCGUGCUGCUGGUGACGCUGUACAUUUCGAUGCGGGUGAUGGGGUUUAUGCAGCGGAUGGUUGCGUUUGGGGCGCGGGUUAUGUUUGGAUUGGUGUUUUAUGGCGCGGUUGUGGUGGGGGGGAUGAUGGUUUAUCAGAGGGGGGUGGAGAGGACGGUGGGGGAUGUGGUGGGCUGGGUGGGGGAGGUGCAGAGGGUUUGGGUGAGGGAGUAUGGGAGGUGGGAGGAGGUGCAGAAUCAGGCUUCGGGGGGGAGGCAAAGGGGGGGGAGGGAGAGGUGGUGA